AUGCCACCCCAAACCUCCAGGGUUGACCAGCAAAUCCACGAUUAUGCUGCCAGCCUCGCGAUUACCGAUGUGUUUCUUGAGGGCUCCGAGAAAGGUCAAGUGACAGAAUCGCAGGUCGCUCGCGUCCUUCCCCACACACCGGGGCUUUUUCACGAUUGCCUGAUCGCCAUCGAUAUCAUGGACAAGAUUGACCAGCUGUUCAACAUCGGCGAGCGGAGCUCAAGCGGACAGAGUGCCGACAUGGACACUCCGGACGAGAGCACAGAAGACGAGGACCUACUGGCGCAGCGCAACUUCAUCAAGACCCGCCUAAACAUCACCCAAUACCUGUUACGCUUCGACGUACGCGACAGCAAGAUCCCGGCCUCCUUCACCAUCGAGUUCUUCACGCGCAUCUUCGACGACAAGGUCCUCCGCGCCCGCUUCGACGACUACCACCGCCGCGGGCCCCGAGGGCGUCCGGACAUCCACGCCGUCAUGCGCGGGUACUGUAUCCGCCUCGAGAAGCUGCGGAGCUGUGGUGGUCGCAUCAGGUUCACCCGUGACCGUGACCUCCCGGUGCUGAUGGUUCCGCUUUGGAAGAACAGCCCGGGCGUUGUUUGA